AUGACCCAACCAUGGCCCAGCCUAAUCACCUCACGUGCUCGUCACGUGGCCGUGAUCGGACUCGGAGCCGCCGGGCUCGUGGCGGCUCGAGAGCUUCGUCGUGAAGGUCACACCGUCAUCGCUUUCGAGCGUGAGAAACAAGUGGGAGGACUCUGGGUGUACACCGAUCGAGUCGAACACGACUCACUGAGUCUCAUCCCGGGUCGAACCAUAUCCCACUCGAGCGUCUAUCAAUCCCUGCGCACCAAUCUCCCACGAGAAUGUAUGGGUUACAGUGACUUCCCGUUCGUGAUCCGACCCGGAGACGGCGAAUCCAGGGACCCGAGACGGUACCCGGAUCACAGGGAAGUCAUGAUGUACCUGCAAGAUUUCGCCAGAGAGUUCGAGAUCGAGGAGAUGAUCCGAUUCGAGACGGAGGUUUUCCGGGUGGAGCCUGCGACGGAGAGCGAUCGAAAAUGGAGAAUCGAAUCUAGGAACUCAAGAGGUGUUUCCGGCGAAGAAAUCUUCGACGCAGUCGUCGUUUGCAAUGGGCACUUCACUGAGCCUCGUAUAGCUGAUAUUCCUGGGAUAGAUUCAUGGCCAGGAAAGCAAAUCCAUAGCCAUAAUUAUCGGAUUCCAGAUCCAUUCAAAGAUCAGGUGGUGAUAGUGAUAGGAACUCAAUCCAGUGGAAAUGACAUUAGCAAGGACAUAGCAACCUUGGCAAAACAAGUCCAUAUCUCGUCUAAAGCGGUUGCAUCCGAUUCAUACGUGGAGCGUAACAAUCUUCGGAUUCAUCCGACGAUAUACCGCGCUUGCGAGGAUGGUUCGGUGGUGUUUUGAAACGGGAGAGUGGUUUAUGCCGAUGUUAUAGUUCAUUGCACCGGUUAUAAGUACCACUUCCCGUUUCUUGAAACCGGCGGUUAUGUGACGGUCGAGGAUAACCGUGUUGGGCCACUCUACAAGCAUGUCUUCCCACCCGGUCUUGCCCCAGGGCUCUCCUUUAUCGGUUUACCCUUCAAGGGGAUUCAGGGCUUUUUGUUUGAAAUCCAAAGCAAGUGGGUAGCUUCGGUUCUGUCUGGCCGGGUUAAGCUUCCCUCGGAGGAUAAGAUGAUGGAAGACGUAAUGGCUUUCUAUGCGAAGCUUGAAGCCAUGGGGAUUCCCAAGAGAUACACACAUUUUCUAAGCGAUCCUCGAGGGAAUCCAAUGCUCUGGAAGUUUGAGCCGCAAGAUGAGGUUGUGGUCUCUCAAAGCGACUACUUCAAUUGGAUUGCGGAACAAUGUGGUUGCCCGUCCAUUGAACGUUGGAGAGAGCGACAAUAUAGUGUCGCCGUAAAGAAUCUUAUCUUUGGUGGCGACGGUUAUCGCGAUCGAUGGGACGAUGAUCAACUUAUCGAAGAAGUGUACCGAGAAUUCGCCAAAUUGACAGUUAAAUCAAGAUCUUCUUGUUAAUUGAUCAAUUCAAGAAGAUGAUUGAAA